AUGGCCCAUAUCUCUGAUGUUACUGCUCAGACACAAACCGUCAUCUUAGACAUCAAAGAUGAUGAUUCCCCCCGCCCUCGUGUAUUCAUAUCCUUCGUUCAAAAGUUGUUUGGCGAGUUUGUGGGGACAUUCUCUCUGGUAUUUGCCGGCUGCUCGGCAAUCGUGGUAAAUGAUACGUACGGUAAACCGGUGACACUUCCUGGCAUAGCUUUGGUAUGGGGUCUAACCGUAAUGGUUAUGACCUACUCAAUAGGUCAUAUCUCCGGUGCACAUUUCAACCCUGCUAUUACCAUUGCGCUUGCUUCUUCUAGAAGAUUUCCAUUAAAACAGGUUCCUGGGUAUAUUGCCGCUCAAGUUCUCGGAUCAACCUUAGCGAUAGAAUCUAUCCGGCUCAUGUUCCAGCUGAACAAUGACGGUUGUAGCCUCAAAGGCUCUAUUUAUGUGGGAAACCACCCGUCAAGUUCAAACACGGCGGCGUUCGUAGUGGAAUUCAUCGCUACUUUCAACUUGUUGUUUGUUAUUUCGGCUGUAGCUACUGAUAAACGAGCCAACAGAUCAUUCGCAGGCGUUGCGAUUGGUGCGACCGUAGUACUCGACAUCUUGUUCGGCGGGUACUUAUAUCGAAAACCAUUGUAA